CGCUUAGCACGCCGUAACGCCAAUUUUAGCAGUCACACGAAACUUUACCCGAUACCAACACAGGGCGGUGAAUUUGUCUUCUGCAUCGCCAUGACUCAAAAGAGAAGAAACAACGGACGCAACAAGCACGGACGUGGACACAACAAGUUUGUUCGCUGCAUCAACUGCUCCCGUUGUGUCCCCAAGGACAAGGCCAUCAAGCGCUGGACCAUCCGUAACAUGGUCGAGACUGCUGCCAUCCGUGAUUUGUCGGAGGCCUCUGUUUACAGCGAGUACACCAUUCCCAAGUUGUACAUCAAGUUGCAAUACUGUGUCUCUUGCGCUAUCCACUCUCGUGUUGUCCGUGUUCGUUCUCGUGAGGGCCGUCGUAUUCGCACUCCCCCUCCCCGUGUGCGUUACAACCGUGAUGGCAAGAAGAUUAACCCUGCCGUUGCUGUUAAGGCCCUCUAAACUUUGACUGUUGGGCUUCCACGUAGUCAAAAUUUACUUUGAGUUACCAUA